AUGUCAACAGGAAUUGGUAAAUGGGGAGAUAAACAUGAUGAUUAUUAUGUUGGUCCCGCUCGUCGUCCAUUUGAUCAAGAGUAUGAUAAAAAAUCCGCAUUUGAAUUUACAAACCGUUCAUUUGCUCGUCCACAACCAUGGCGUACAUAUCCAGUUUUAGGUGGUGAAACAGGCGAUGAAUUAGAUACACAUCCAUUAAUAAAAGAACAGCGAGAUAAAUUAUUACCAAAUAAAUCAUUAAAUCCGGAAUAUAAUCGAUAUUUUGAUGAAAAAACUGAUAAUAAAGAUGGAAAAUCACAAAUACGAGAAGAUCAUUUAGCAUUGUUUUCACCACAAGCACGAAAGGUUAUUCUUUUUGAUAUGGGUAUAAAACCAGGUGAAGGUGAUCUUGAUCGUGAUUAUAACAAUGAUCCACGUUAUCGUGUUUGGGGCAUGCCGUAUUUCAUAGCUCCAUAUGAUUCACGUGUGCUUUUUCCACUCAGUUUUUCAAUCAUGGUAUUAAUGCGUAAUAUGUAUUUACGUCGACCAUAUUUUUCAGCACGACCUGUUUAUGCUGCAGCUUUAAUUGGUGGUUAUGUAUUUGGUUCAUGGUGGGGAAAAUUUCGUGAACAACGUAUGUUAGAAAAAGAGUUACAUAUAUGGGAUUAUGUUCGACGACAUCAAGAAGAUUUCCCUGAAGUCUUUGAAAAACGUCGAAAAUAUAAUGAAAUUUUUCAAUCCUGGAGACCUUUACGUUAG